GCCGAUUAAAAGUUAUAAUGAGUAAUAAUGCGAUCGAAAUAAAGAUUACUGAUAAUGUAUCCGAAAAUGAAUCAAUGUCAGAAAGAAAACGUUAUAGAAUCACUCGUGCAUGUGAUUAUUGUAGAAGGAAAAAAGUAAAAUGUCAUUUUACACCUGGUCAAGCCUGUACUAACUGUGUGUCAUAUGGAAUCACUUGCCAAUUUAAUGAUGGGGCAAAGAAACGUGGACCACCAAAAGGUUACAUUGAUGCUUUAGAAAAAAGAAUCAGAAGAAUAGAAGAAGCCUUGCAACAAAAACAACAACAACAACAACAACAACAACAACAACAAAAUCAGCAGCAGGGCUCAAAUACGACUCCAUCAUCUCCUUCAAUAACAAACUUUUUAAAUCCAUCAAAGAAUAAUAAUUCAAUCCAUUUAUUAGGAAAUGGAAAUAAAAGACCUCAAGGCGCUUCAUCAGACAGAGUGCAAUAUCUUGGUGAUUUAUCAAGUUUUCAAUUCUUUUCAAAUAAAAUACAUUUAGAUGAUAAAAAUACAAAAUGGAAAGGACAUCAUAUCCGUAAAUUUGGUAAACAAAUUGUACUAGUAGAGGAUCUGAAAGAUGAAGAAGAAGAGGAGGGGCAGACAAAUAUACCACAGUCACAAUUAUUGCCUCAUAUUAAAUCAAUUCAUAAUUGGAUUUAUUCCGUUACUGGUGUAGAUAGGCAUACAAGCGAUCGUUUAUUAAAAAUCUAUUUUGCAAAUAUUCAUCCAGUUUUACCUGUCGUGAAUAAAACCAGUUUUUUAAAACAGUAUAGAGAUCAAGCAGAUACAUAUCCACCAUCUGACUUAUUGAAUGCUAUGUUUGGUGCAGCAGCAAGAUUUGUAGAAUGUGAAGCUUUAAUUAAAAAGUCAAAGCCCACCCCUCCUCCACCUGAUACGUUCUGGGACAUACCCUUGGGCUGGUCAGAUCAAUUUUUUGAACAAGCAGAAACAAUUAUCACAACUUCAGCUGUAACACCUACUAUAUCAAAGGUACAAGCUAUUAUUCUUAUUCAUAAUCAUAGUAGUAAUUUAGACUCAAAAUCAUCCGCAUGUUGGUUAUUGGGUGGAUUGGCUAUUCGAUUAGCUCAAGGAUUAGGUCUCAAUCGUGAUUGUGAGGAAUGGGAUAUACCAGAAAGCGAAAAGCAAACAAGAAAAAGAAUUUGGUGGUCUUUGUAUGUAGCUGACCGAUUUCAUUCAGCUUCUUUGGGUAGACCUAUCAGUAUUCGAGAUGAAGAUAAUGAUGUAGGAUAUCCCGAUGCAUAUGCUACUUGGAAAGAAGUGUUGGAUGAGCCUGAUGAUGAUGAAGAAGAAGAAGAAGAAGAGGAAGAAGUUAUAUUUAAUAAAUCUUCAACAGGAACAAGCAUAGGAUCUACUUUAUCACCUAGAUUCCCUUCCGCCAUGUCUUAUCCUACAAAUAGGGAACAAUUGGAUGGAAAAGUUGGCAUAUAUCAACUGUUUAUUGAGCUAGUUAAACUGUCUGAGAUCUUGGGUAAAAUUCUUCAGGGUCUAUAUACUCCUAAAGCUAAAAAAGUGGGUUUGGAACAAUGCAGUGACGCUAUUGUAACUCAGUUGGAUCAUGAAUUAACGGAAUGGCGGUUUGGUUUCCCUGAAGCAUUACAAAAAGCAAAUUUUGAUGAUUUUGAUGAAAACAAAGGCUAUUUAGCUCCUGUUACUGCUUCUGUUCUAUUAUGUUAUUUUAGUUUGCUGAUUUUAUUGCAUAGACCAUUUAUUGAACAAGUAGGGAAUGGAGGCAAAAAAGGAAACCCAUCUUAUUCAUCCUUUAAAAUUAGUACAAGCGCAGCUACAAGAGGAAUACGAAUAGCAUCACAAAUGACAAUUCGAGAUUUUUUAAUGUUUCCUUAUUCUUUCAGCUUAUAUCCUGUUUUACAAUAUUGCUUGAUUCAUAUGUAUAAUACAAAGAAUCCGGAUACAAGAAUAUCUACAUCUGCAAAAGCGGAUUUAUCAAAAGGAAUUGCCUUGAUUUAUAAACUUAGAUCCAUGUCAAAUACAGCACAAAGAUUAUAUCGAUUGUUAAAGACGAUUAUGAACAAUAAAGGAAUUGAUGUAACUACUACCUCUUCUGAAUUUGAAAACAGCAAUAACGAUAUUAGUCCAACAAUCAUUCCAUCUCGUCUUUCAGAUGUAGGUAGAGGUAAUACAAUUCGAAAUAAUAUGCGUCCUCCUUCCCAAAAGAUAUCACCGCAACAUACGGUUAUCUCUCCUUCUCCAGGAAGGACAGCGCCUAUCUCAUCGCAGUCGCCUCAAGAACAGCAUUACUUGAUGCGACAGUUUAAGCAAUCACUUGCAGAAGCUAUUGCUCCACCAAAUAUGGAUGGAUUAUUAUCACAAUCUUCAACGCCAUCCCCAACGUUCAUGUCGGAGGCUUUUAGUCUAAAGCAAUUUGGAUUUAAUAAUACGAUUGGAGAGCCCAAUCCAUUAGACUAUACUGCACAAGAUAAUAGUUCCCCAUUUUCCAAAAUGGAAAUACUACCACCUAUGCCAACAUUAUAUAACACUAAUUAUCAAAAUCUAUCUAUUCAACAACAACAAGAACCUCAGGGUAUACCAUCUUCAGCUCCGCCAUUAACGUCAGCUCCCUACAAUAAUACUAAUAUAGGAUCUAAUAUGAGUUCUUUACUUAAUAAUGAAGGACUUUUUAAAAAUAAUCCAAAUAAUCCAUUUUUCGGUAUACCCACUUCUAUGGACUGGACCGAGUGGAAUGAAUGGAGUCAAAGUAAUCAAGGUAAUACUGCAUGGCAGCAACCAUUAAUUAGAGAAUAAAGUUGUGACGUUUUCAUGCCUUUUUUUUUUUUUUUUC